AACGAGGCUAGCUUUAAAAAUGGCGGCGGCAAGCGAAAAUCGCGAAGAAAAUAUUUGUGAGGAGCCAAGAAACGGGGAAUUGAAGCAGACCAUUCCGUCCGAUGCCGUCCAGUCUCUACAAGACAUUUGUGAUGUAUUGUGUGAAGAGGCAGCUAAUGGCUUUAAUAAACAAUCGCGUCUUACACGGGAUGAGAAACAAAUCUGCCAAAAACGAUUCUCGGAGGUGUUUAAACAAAUGUUCAUGUCCAAUGUACGUGUUGAACAACCAGACUUACAGAUCACAGAAGAUGGAAACAAAGAUUCUAGUGACAUGAACUUAGAAAAGAAGAAAUCAACAAGUGAGGCAUUAACAGUACAACUUGAUGAUGCAAUCCUUAAUAUAGCCCAGAAACGAAAGGAGUUCCCUAAAUUGUGUGUCAGGAACUUGAAAACCUAUACAAAACUAGAACUUGGUUAUCUUAAUUCAGUUCAGAUCCGAAUUCCCCCCAAACCAGCUGUACCAAUACCACCUGUGUCUUUUCAUUCACCUGAAGAGUCUGAAAGUUUAUCCAAAUCUUUAAAGUUGUUAUCUUCACUAUCUAAGACGACAGUCAAAGAUUGUGGUCAAUUAGAGAAUCUGGAGACAGUAAAGACCAUUGUGAAGGAAGUGAAAAAGAGUAAAACUCACCAGCUAAUAUUCCAAACAGAUGAUUCACCAGUGCCUUCGAAGAUAACUCGAUCAGUUAGCCAUUGUCUACAGAAUCAACAAAUGCAUCGACGACAAUCUCCUCGCUUUAAGAGACGAACUCCUUAAAUUUCUCACAGCUCAACUUCCCAUUUUCUGCUUAAAAUCAACUGCAAAGCUUUUAUUUUCCCCUAAACUUUGGCACAGAAACCUAAUCAAGCCUUCUUCUCUGCUGCAAUCCUAUCUUUGGCAAGUAUCAGCUUUGCUUGAUUAAACUGUUUAUCUCCUUCCCUGUGAAUUUGUGUAAGAACUCCUCCUCCUCCUCCUCAUCAUCAUCAUCAUCAUCUUGCUCAUGUCCACUUUGUCUGUCAUCCAUCCUCAGUAAAGAAGGUUCAAAUCAACUUUGUUGUAACCCACCUCGCUCCCAUGCUGAGGGCCACAUCCAACAGAGUUGUGCGUAAAUUUCCUCUUUCAUUCACCACAGAUAAUUUUCAUCACAACAUCAAACAUGUAAUGACAGUCAUUUUUAUAAAAAUUAGAGGAUCUGAACUAUUGAUUUGUCAUCUUGGAUCUGUUCUUCAAAUUGGUUUUCUUUACAAACAUAAUUGGAGCAAUUAGAUUCUUAACUAUUCUUUAAAUCUCAUUACCAGAGAAUUAGUAACCAUGUUGGGUACCUUGUUCUUAGCUGAGGACAGGGACCAACCAAAUAAGCACCAGUUACUGACUUGAUUGAGAAUCCUCUAUGUGAGUGGAUUGUAACUUGAUGUUCUUGAGCGAGUUUUUUUCAUAGUAGUCUCCAAGGCAUGGAUAUUUAUCUGAAUGGAUUUACAUUUCAAACAACAAACUGAUAUUUACAAAAGAUAUUCUAGUUUUAUGUGGAUUACAAAUAUUUGAUGCUGUCUCAAAAUUAACUAAGAUGCUUAACACCUUUCACAUGUAUCCCAGCCAAAAUAACAAAAGCCAACAAUUUGUACUUUAUUAGGUCUUCCUACAGUUGAAGGAAAGUCUUAGGGAAUUAUUUAAUGUGACUGUCGGUUUUAUGAGUAGAAUGUUCACUAGAUGCAAUGCCUUAGUGAUGUGAUUUUUUAAUUGGAGAAAGUCAGUGCAUUUUAGUGUAUUUUGAUGUUCAGUCCAUGUAGCACUAAAUUUGUAGAGCUGGUGUCUUGUUGCUUUAUUUAAACUAAUAAAUAGUGGACUACAAAUUAAUAAAACAUCAUUUAUUCAGCUUCCUUACCACAUGUUUACAACAUUGGAUUCUACUUACUCAUGGUGCUUAUUAAGAGCCUAGUAAAUUGGUACACCAUGAGUAGAGUAUUUUGAUCCCUUAAUUUAGCUAACUGAUGCCCGGUUGUGUCAUCUGAAACUGUCUACAGAGGAUAGAGAAUAAAUAGUGAUCCAUCUGGAUCCGUGUGGUAGCAUUCAGCAGUAAACUCAAUUGCUGACUGAUCCAUUUAGCAUUUUAGAAACAGCAAUGUUCCAUAGAGCUGGUACUUAAUCUCUUUCCUUAAUUUGUUUAACCAUCUCUUGGCUAGGAAGCUAGUAAACAUUGCAAGGGACUUUCUCCACUACUACUAAGGUGCAAUGUCAAUUGAAAUGUCUUCCUGUGGAUUUGAACUAAAAACCUAUGAAUUGACAGUCUAGUACCUGAUCUACUCAGCUAAUUUUGCCUCUCUUCAACAUUAAUACUCUUACAGAAUGAAUCUACUUGACAACUUUCAUUUCUUUUCUAUCUGAUAGUCUCAGUCUUUGCUGAGCAUGGGAAAAUAAUUAUUUUUCCAUUUGUACAUAAUGUGUGUAAAUACUUGUGUGUGUGUGUGUGUGUGUGUGUACCUGUAAAACGGAAUAUAUUUUCAUUAGUUGGUGAAAUAAAGAUUGAAUUAUAUUGUUGUUGUUUUUUUUUACCUGUUUAUUUUAUACACCUCUCUCAUUUUAUAUAUCUA